CACACAGUUCGUGAGAUAUAAUCUCAAUCCCAAGAUGGUCCGAGAGGACCUGAUCGAGGGAGCUGUAAGCUUCCUCCAGGAUCCGUCCGUCGCAAACGCACCGAUCGAACAGCGUAUCGCCUUUCUCCGCUCCAAGAACCUGACUCAAGACGAAAUCGACACUUCUCUCGCCCGCGUCGGACAGUCUCCCGCAUCCUCCCAGCCACCAGUAGCAUAUCGACAACCCCAGCAGUACAACAACACAGGAUACCAACCCGCACAACAAGGAUACCCUCCGCAAUGGCAACAGCCGCCUCCAGAGCCUCCUCAUCGGGACUGGCGUGAUUACUUCAUAGCAGCGACGGUCUUUGGUGGCGCAGGAUAUGCUCUGUACUGGACGGCGAAGCGUUACAUCUACCCUCUCAUCUCGCCGCCGACACCCGCCCAGAUCGAGCAAGACAAAUCUUCGAUUGACGCAUCCUUCGACAAAGCCUUCGCUCUGCUCGAUCAGUUGGCAACAGAUACGCAGGAGUUGAAGUCCAAUGAGGCGGCUCGGAAAGAAAGAUUAGACAGUGCGUUGGGAGAGGUGGAGGGUGUGGUCGGAAGGAUGAAGGCUGCGAACGAAGAUCGGGAGCUCGAAUCGAAGCGAAUUGCAAAGGAGAUUGGAGACAUCAGGGAUAGCAUACCGAAGGCGCUGGAGAAGGAGAAGGCUGCUACCGAGGAGCGCUUGAAGGAGUUGGUGGCGGAGGUAAAGAGCUUGAAGACGCUCGUUGCGAACCGCAUGCAGGGCGGUGGCGCGCCGCCGGCGAGGUCUACGCCGUCUUUCUCCUCCGCAAGGCCGGCCACUGAUGCUCCUACCGUAAAUGGAACUGGUGCUAUACCGUCGUCCGCGGAGAAUGGUGCCCUGGAGACAAACGGCACGGCCGCUCAGUCCUCACCAUACACUGCUCCAGUCCGUCUGCUCGGUGGCAAGGCCGCCAUCCCGAGCUGGCAAUUAGCUGCGAAGAAGAAGAGCGAAGAUGCGAAAGCUGCAGAGGCGGGAUCGGCAGCGGUGCCAAAUGGACAGAACGUACAGGAGAGCGGGACUGUUAGCGAGAGCACAGAGGCCGCGGCAUGAAUGGGCGGUAGUCGGGAAUGAUGAGGCAUUUGGGUCAUCUUCGUGGUAUGUAUUCUGUACGAGCACAUGAAAUG